ACAUCUUAUACAUUGUUUUUCAAAUUUUCUGUCAUAAUAAACAAAAUAAUAAAUUGCAAUUAUUUUUAUAUUUGAAUUACGAAAUUAAAUUGUCAAAGUAAAAAAAAUGGAGAAUAUUUAAACACAUAUCAGAUUUUUCAAUUUCAAUCAAUGUGAACAACUCAAGGAAUCUCUAGAAGAAAUACAAAAAUCGAAAAUGUCAUUAAAAGAAAAUCAAAUUUUAGAAGCUGCUUGUUUUUCUGCUGAUGUGAAUAAAGUAAGAAAUCUUCUCUCUCAUAAUGAUUACACUGAUUAUCUUGAUUCACUUAAUGGCUAUUCAUUGCUUCAAUUUAUGCUUAAAAAUUGUAUAUUUUCAUCAGAAAAAUUUGAACAAUUACAAGUUACUCAUGUGACAUAUAUGAAGCAUUUAUCACAAUUUCUCAAAAUUUCCAAAAUUCUAUUACAAUACAAUAUUCGUGUAAAUGAAAAAUCUCAAGAUAAAAUUAAUACACCACUUCAUCUUGCAAUUGAAAUUGAAAAUGAAGAGAUUGUAAAAAUUUUAUUAUCAAAAAAUGCCAAUGUUAAUGCAAAAAAUCAUAAUUGCGAUACACCAUUACAUCUUGCUGUUCGAAAAAGUUGUAAACAAAUAAUUCAACUUUUAUUAGCAAAUGAUGCCGAUACAAAAAUAACAAAUUUAUAUGGUCAAACACCACAUGCUGUAACUAAUGAUAUAAGUAUGAAAUCAUUUUUAAAUAUUCAUGAAUUAAAAAAAUAUUUCGAUAAUGGUGGUGAUAUUGAGGAAAAAGAUAUUGAUGAUUAUACAGCGUUACAUAAAGCCGUUGAAAAUGAAUAUUAUGAAGUUGUUGAAUUUUUAUUAUCAAAAGGUGCAAAUAUAAAUGCAAUGACAGAAUUAAAUGAAACGCCACUUCAUAUUGCUGCACAAAUACGUAAUAAACGUAUUGUUAUUCUUCUUUUAGAAAAAGGAGCAAAUAUUAAUGCAAUAACAAAUACAGGCGAUACUCCAUUGCAUUUAGCAGCAAAAUGCCUUUAUCCCCAUGACAAUGGUGAGACAUUAAAAAUUCUCAUUAAAAAUAAUGCAAAUUUAAAAGCAAAAAAUAAUUUUAAUUUAUCACCAUUAAAUUAUUCCGUUAAUAAUCAAUCAUCAAAUGAUACAAAAAUUCUCCUUGGUGAUAAUCCUGAUCGAUGUGAUAAAAAUUUAAAAAUAAUAUUUUGUCUAUCAUUUUUAGAUUAUGAUCUUAGGGCCGAAUGUUUACAUAGAAAUAAUAAGGAUAAACAAACAAAAUGUACAAGUGAAUUAUUUUAUGAAUUAGAUUUUAAAAUAACAAUCGAUGACUUUGAUAAUAAUUCAAUUCCAAAGGAAUUGUAUUCAAUUAAUUCCAAUCAAUCAAGAUGUAUUCAAAAUCUUUUCAAUAAAGAAUCAUCAAGUGAUGAGAAUAUAAAAGAAUUUCUUCAAUAUCAAAUUUUAAUAGGCGCCAUUAAACAUGGAUUUAUUGAUAUUUUUUUUAAUUUAUUACCACCAUUUUGUAAUGUUAAUACUCGAUUGGAUGAUAAUUAUACAUUAUUGCAUUAUGCCUGUGAAUAUGGACAUUUAUCAAUUGUUAAUGAAUUAUUGAAACGCAAUGCAAAUGUUAAUGAAAUUGAAAAUAAAAAUAAAAUGUCACCACUUCAUUUAUCAGUUAUGAGAGAUUCGGUGAAAGUUACAAAAAUUCUAUUGGAAAAAAAUGCUUCUAUUGAUUCAUUUAAUGAUAAAAAUGAAACACCACUUUUUUUGGCUAUUCAAGAAAAUAAUGUAAAUUGCAUUCAUUUACUUUUAAAAGCUGGCGCUAAUGUUAAUUCAAUUACUAAUAAUAAUGAAACACCAUUACUUAAAGCUGCAAUUAAUUGUGAUUCAACUAUUGUUGAAAUGUUAUUACACUAUGGUGCAAUUUUAGAUGAAAAUAGAUCAAUAUUUGAAGAUUUAAUAUCAAUAUAUAUUCGUAUUAAUACAAUAUUUUUAUUAUAUAAAUAUGGAGCAAGUGUAAUUGAUUUGGAUCCAAAAUUAUUUCAAAAUACAAGUUUAUUUAUAGCAUUAAAAUUAGAAUCAAUUGCUGCUAGUUCAAGGGAUUUGUCAUUUUAUUAUCAAGAUUACCCAAAAAUGAUUGAAUAUCAUGGCGAAUGUCGCGCGGAAAUUGAAAAAAUGAAAUUAAUGAAAAUUAAUGAAACUGAUAUGUCAAUAUAUAAUUUAUUAAUUAUAACACAUAGACGAUUGGCUCGUUAUAUGAGAAAUAAUUUAAUUUUCGAUUUUUUAAAUUCAAUGGAUUUUGAAAUGAUAUUUCCAAAAUAUGCCAAAAAAUUGAAAACUUGUGUAAUAAGAGGAAAACUUGAGAAACAAUUAAUAGAAUUGAGUUACAAUUGUUUAGAGACUAUUUUCAAAAAUCAAUUACCCACUAUUGUUAUAAGUGAAAUUUUAUCGUAUUUGGAUACUGCAGAUCUACAUCGAUUAAUCAUCGCUUCACCUAUUGAUCCAGAAGAAAAAAAAUUGGUGCAAUAUAAAUAGAAGAAAAUAAAAAAUUCAAUUUUGAAUGCCGAUUCGAUUCUUUAAGAGAAGUUUUGAUACAAUUUUAUAAUUUAUCAAGUUUUAUUUUUACCAACAGUAUACAUUGAACAAAAAUUGUAUAUUUAUAUUUGAAAAUUUUUAUCAUUUUCGGAAUUUUUGUUUUAAAUGGAAAAAAAAGGAGAUACGUAUUUUUUUAUUUUGAUUUUAAUAAAUAUAAUUAAACCGCAAAGUCUAUGAAUUUUUACAUAUAUUUUAUAUGUAAAAAAAAAAUUCUUACUAUAGAAUUGUUAAAAAUCAAUAUUUUUUCGACCACUUUUCUUCCAAAAAUGUUGAAAGAAUAACGUACAAUUCAUUAUUUAUAAAUUUUUAUUGCUUACUAUUUUUUAAACGACCUCAUAAACUUUCAAAAAAUAUGGGGUCUGUAUUUAUUACACGAACGGAGAAUUUUAAGCGUGAUACAACGUCUUUUUUAAUUAAUUAUAUAUCAUUUUUAUAAGAUUUUUAUUUUUUGGAACGCAUGAUUAUGUUUUAAAAAUCAUUAUUUAGAAUUUUCAUUUAAUGGAAUUUCAUUUAGUCAUAAUUAUUUUUGUAGUCGAAUUUUCUAUAUUAUAGAAUUUUUAUUUGCUCGAAUUUUCACUUAACAUAAUGGAGGCAUUUUAAAGAAUUUUUAUUGUGUAGAAUUUCAUUUCAUAGAAUUUUCAUUUGUUCGAAUUAUUAUUGUAAACGAAAUUUUAUUUAACAUAAUUUUUAAAUACCGAAUUUUUAUUUGACAUAAUUUUUAUUUUAACGAAUUUCUUUUUAUCCACCUUUUAUUUAAAAGUAUUAUAAUUUUACUCAAUUUUAAUUUAUCAGAAUUCUCAUUUAACAGAAUUUUAGUUAUUCGAAUUGUUUAAUGUCACAAUUUUUAAUUUAUCGAAUCUCCAUGUGUCAGAAUUUUUAUUUACACGAAUUUUUAUUUAAUAGAAUUCCUAAAACAGAGAAUUUCCAUUUGACAGAAAUUACAAAUAGCCGAACAAGCAAGCGACAGAAAGAUUUCGGCGCCAAUUUUAAAAUAAACCAAUCACAAUUUUCUUAAUAAUUUCUUAUUGGUCUAUUUUAAAAACUGCGCCGAAAUCUUUCUGACGUUUGUUUGUUCGGCCAUUUGUAAUUUCUAUCAAAUGAAAAUUCGCUGUUUUAGGAAUUCUAUGAAAUUAACAAUUAGUGUAAAUAAAAAUUCGAACAAAUAGAGAUUCGUUAAGUUAAAAAUUCUGACGUUAAAUAAUUCAAAUAACUAAAAUUCUGUUAAAUGAGAAUUCUGAUAAAUUAAAAUUGAGUAAAAUUGUAAUACUUUAAAUUAAAAGGUGGAUAAAAAGAAAUUUGUCAAAAUAAAAAUUAUGUCAAAUAAAAAUUUGGUACCUAAAAAUUAUGUUAAAUAAAAUUUCAUUUACAAAGACAGUAACUCAAAUGCUAAUUCGAAAAAUGAAAAUUCGUCUAAAAAGAAAUUCUGUCAAAUAAAAUUCAUACAAAUGAAAGUUCUAGCUAAUGAUUUUUAUGAGAUAUUCAUGCGCCCCGGAUUUUUACUUAACCGAAAAAUCACAGAAUUUUUUAAUUGAUAGAAUUUUCAUUUGCCUAAAAUUGCAAAUGGCCGAACAAACAAUCGAUAGAAUUUUUAAAAUCAACCAAUCAAAAAUUAUCCAUAAAAUAAUUGUGCUUGGUUGAUUUUAGAAAUCUCGACGAAAUGUUUCUGUCGACUGUUUAGGGUACGGUCACACGACUUUUGGAAAAACCAUUCUUGUCUUUCUCUCUCCUAUUACAGACGCAUAAGUUUGUCUCACUCUGCAUUUUCCGUCUUUGGGAAAUGUAAGAAAAUGCAGAGUGAGACAAUCUUAUGCCUCUGUCUUAGGAGAGAGAAAGACAUGAAUGGUUUUUCCAAAAGUCGUGUGACCGUACCUUUAUUCAGCCAUUUGCAAUUUCGGACAAAUGAAAAUUCUAUCAAUAAAGAAAUUCUGUUAAAUAAUUUUUCGGAAAUGAAUUUUUGGUUAUGUAUAAAAAUUCUGUAAUAUAGAAAAUCGUUUUGAUGAAAAUUCCGCAAAAUACUAAUUCGAAGAAAUCAAAAUUCGGCUCAAAAAUAAUUAUGGAAAAUGAAAUUCCACAAAAUGAAAAUUCUAACUAAUGAUUUUUAGAAUAUAUUCAUGCAUCCUUUUAUUUUGUACUUUAAACUUAAAAUUAGAAUAUAAUGUAAUAAAGAAAUAUAUUUUUAUUUGAAAUGAAAGUUUAAUUUUCAAAACGAAAUGUAAAAUUAAAUUUUAAAUCUAAAAUUAGUUAUAUAAUAAGAUACUUAUGAUUAUCCAAUUAUUAUUAUUAUUAUUACUAUUAUUAUUAUUACUAUUACGAUUAUUGAAUAACGAGACGAAAAAAAAACAAAGUAACAGCUCCGACAACCAAGUUUGUUUCCACCAUUAUACAUAGAGGAUACUGUCAGCGCUGUACUAUAACAUGUAGUUAAAUCUUUAACUGGUCGGUAAUAUAGAAAGCUAUAAAAAAUUUCAUUUCCAAAUAUGAAAAAAAUAAAUGUAGCAUCGAGACUAAACCUAAAGUAAUCGAAUAACACAAUAGUAUAUUGUGCAUCUAGGGAGGAAAAUGGUUGAUUUCCGCGAGUGUAACUAAUUUUUACUCAGCUUGUAUAUCUAUACAUACAAUAGAUAUAGAUAUACAAGCUGAGUAAAAAUUAGUUGCUACGCUGGUUGUAGAGGCGCUGAAUGUUGUCAUUUCUAUUCAAUGGAGUUGCCCGCUCCUGAGCGAGAACUGCAAAUACACGAGACGGAAAUCAUUUUCCUCCCGAGUUGAACAUACUAUUUUUUCUAACACACAUACCGAAAGUACAUAUGACAACAAACUUACAGAGACGCCAAGCGGAAAAAGUGUACACUAUUGUUUACGUGAUUAUCGAUUUUAAAUUUGAUUCGAUAUAUCGAAAUAUCAACAUUAAACUUAAACAUCGAUAUUUCGAAUCGAUAGUUUGACAGUAAAUUCAAUAAUUUACUGUUCUUGUUCUUCUCAAUGUUCUAUAAAUAACAGAAAUAAAAAUUGACGUUACGGGGAGGGAAAGUUACAUUCCCUCCCUGCUAGUGAUGUCACAGGGAGGGAAAGUACUUUUCCUCCCUCGCCGGGAAAGACAUACUUUUCUCCCCCUUUACAGGUAAGAAAUGGUGUACUUUCGGUGCGUGUGUUAGAAAAAAAUAUUUAAAUAGCUUUCGAGAAAUCGUUUUCGAUAUGAAUGCCAAUUUUUCUGACUGAUUCGGGUACGUUGUCACACGUCAAUAUGAAUUAUAUUUUUUUUAAAUUGCUUAUUAUUAAUUUUAUAUUGAUUUGUCAACUGGAGUUUUUUUUAUUUUUAACUAAAAUAAGUAUUAUUAUUUAUUUACAUAUGAAAUUUUGAAAUUGUUUAAAUAUUUUACAAUUGUUAUUGUUUAACUAUUUUUCAAAUUCAGAUGAUUAUCGUUUUUUCGUCAUUUUUCAAUUUUUAUUUGCGUAUUUCUGUAAAGAGAAAAUAUAUAAUUAAUGAACAAAAAAUAAAUUAAUUUAAAUAAA